UGGGAGUUCAGCAGUGUUAGUUUCUUCUACCCGGAGCUGCAGUUGGGUUCCUUGUGACAGUAAGUACGAGGUGGGCGUCGACCGCACAACUACAGGGACUAAAACAUGUCUUACAGACCGAGCUCCUCUCGCCAGGCCUCCUCCUACAGCAGACUGUUUGGUGGUGAACGACCUCCCUCCUCGGUUCGGUCCGGCUACACCACUCGGCAGUAUUCGGGUUCGGUGCGCCCCCCGCGUCUCUCCUACAGCGCACUAUCCGCUCCAGCGUCCAUCAGCGCCGGCAGCAAGAUCUCCCGAGUGCGCAGUAAUGCUCCUCUCCCCAGACUCACAUCAGGUCCGCUGGAUUUCAGCCUGUCCGAUGCCAUCAACACCGAGUUCAAGACCAACCGGACGAACGAGAAAGCUCAGAUGCAGCAGCUGAACGAUCGCUUCGCCAGCUAUAUCGAGAAGGUGCGUUUUCUGGAGCAGCAGAACAAGAUGCUGAAUGCAGAGCUGGAGCAGACCAGGGCUAAUGGAACAUCUCGACUGGGAGAACUGUACGAGGAGGAGAUGAGAGAACUGCGCCAGCAAGUGGAUCAGCUCAACAACGACAAGGCCAGAGUCCAGGUGGACCGAGAUAAUCUGGCUGAGGAUGUUGAGCGUCUCAGAGAGAAGCUUCAAGAAGAAAUCCUUCAAAAAGAAGAUGCUGAAAACAAUCUCCAGAGCUUCAGACAUGACGUGGAUAAUGCUUCCCUGGCUCGUCUAGACCUAGAGCGCAAGAUUGAAUCUCUGCAGGACGAAAUCAGUUUCCUCAAGAAGCUCCAUGAUGAGGAGAUUACUGAGCUGCAGACACAAAUCCAGGAUCAGCAUGUGCAGAUCGACAUGGACAUUGCUAAGCCUGAUCUGACCGCGGCGUUACGGGACGUCCGUCUACAGUACGAGACUCUGACCACUAAGAACAUUCAAGAGGCUGAAGAAUGGUACAAAUCCAAGUUUGUUGAUUUGUCUGAGGCUGCCGCCCGUAACAGUGAUGCCAUCCGUCAGGCCAAACAGGACGCCAAUGACUACCGGCGCCAAGUGCAAGCUUUGACCUGUGAGCUCGAUGCUCUUAAAGGCACUAAUGAGUCUCUGGAGCGCCAGAUGAGGGAACUAGAGGACAACUUCAGCGGAGAGGCAUCUGUUUAUCAGGAGACCAUCAGCCACAUGGAAGAAGACAUCCACAACAUGAAGGAUGAAAUGGCUCGUCACCUGCGCGAGUACCAGGACCUUCUCAAUGUCAAAAUGGCCCUGGACAUCGAGAUAGCCACCUACAGAAAACUGUUGGAGGGUGAGGAAAGCAGGAUUACCACACCUAUACCCAACUUCUCCUUGAUUAAUCUGAGAGAAACCAUGGUAGAGAGCAGACCAGCAUCCAACCCGACCAAGAAGGUGGUGAUUAAGACUAUAGAAACCAGAGAUGGUCAUGUUAUUAAUGAGUCGACUCAGCACCAUGAAGACCUGGAGAGGACGUUUAUGAAUGAAUGAAUUUUUGAAAGACGAUAGUGUUGGAGGAGAGGUGAAGUGUACUGUAGUUGAAUGAGUUAUAGAAGAUGGGUAUUUCUGAUGCUGCAAGACUCACAGCUUUAAUGUGCCUUUUUCAUCAAUAGAUGUGUUUUGAGUAUAAAAAACUGUAGACCAAUGAGAACCAGCAUUACUGUUUACCCUGACUUCUGUAGUUUACACUGAACUGUAUGAUCAUAGCAAUAAGCAGCUUUUUCAUUUAGCAUGAAAUAUUUCAAACUAACCAAAUAGUACUACGUUUUGUCUUUCACACAAUAAACACGUAACCAUUAUUUAUUUUAUUCAGUCUAUAAAACUUAAUGAUGUUGUGCAUUAAACUAUUCUGCUCUUGCUUUGUCUGCAUGUGUUAUUUUUAAUACCACUGAGUACAUUAAAGUUCUAACUUUAUUAUAAAAUAAAAAACGUAUGAAACA